AUGAAGAAUAGAGCAGAUGAACUGAAGAAAGCUAUUGACAGUAUACUAAUUGAAAGACAUAUUUCCAAGGUAACCAAUACAGUUACCACAAAGGGAGAACUUUUAUGCACAAAGUAUUGGGUAAACUCUGUGUACAGAGUAAAAAGUGGCAAGUCCAUCAACAAGUUUAUUAAGACAGGGAACUGGGAACCUGGAGCCAUCUACUCUUCUCCUAUCAACGGGCACAUAUUGGUUGGGAUGGAGAGAAAUUCAGACCAGAAAAUUACCAGAUACGACAAAGAAGGAAAGAAACUACAAGACAUACAGUGGGAUGAUAAAGGAAAAACUCUCUACAAAAGUGUUAAAUAUAUUACAGAGAAUAUAAAAGGAGAUAUCUGUACAUCAAACUUCUGGGCCCGAAGCGUGGUUGUGGUAAGAGUAUUAGGAGAGUACUGGUUCUCUUACACUGGUCAGGAGUCUCAGGAUGUAUUUAUGUACAGAUGUUCUGGGACACAUCCUGGUUUGUAA